AUGAAUAUUUUGGCCACUUAUCACCCUACAGAUAAAGAUUACGGCAGUAUGAAGAUUGAUGAGCCUAAGACUCCGUAUAAUUACUCCGACUGUGAAUCAGAGGGUGACGAAGCCUCUUCUGCUCAGGCUAGUCGGCCUCGUCGAGUGUCACUCGGCGGUGCGAUAGAUCCAGAAGAGGUGGCAGAAGGCCUCCACCAUGCAGGCAGUGGAUCUGUAAAAUCAAUUGGGUCGGGUACAGAUAGCGAUGAUGACGAGACUCAUCUCACUCCCGAACAGAUAGCGCACAAACGAGAGUUCGAGAAGAAAAGAAAGAUGCACUACAACGAAGGCGCAGCGCUGAAAGCGAUGAAGGCGCAACUGGAGGAUGAGGACAUGGAAUAG